AUGGCCAAACCGACAGCAAUGGCCGUAGACGCCCUUCCGAGGUUCCUGCUUCCUAGACUCAGCUGGACUGGUCCUGCGACAGCAUCCCAAGCCCUACGGCCUGUUUCGGCACUCCCUCCGAGCUCGCGCCGUCGGAUGCACACCCGAACCAGUGCUUUCCACGAUUCGAAUUUACCAUCCAGAUGCCGCAGCAAUGGCUUCAAGACCGAGCGCGCCUCGAUACUGGCGAGCCCGGGCCUCACGAGGUCCUUCCAUGCGACUCCUUCGAGGCAAAGAGACCACCACUUUGAUACCUUGAAGUUCGUCCAGCGGAUGAAGAGCGAGGGCUUCACGGAGGUGCAGGCCGAGGCCACGAUGAAGGUCCUGAACGAUCAGAGCAGCAUACAGAACCUCACCCGAACCAUGGUCCUCCGCGAAGACGCCGCCAAGGCAACCUACACCCAAAAGGUCGACUUUGCCAAGCUACGCUCCGAACUCCUGUCCGCCGAUAGCACCGAGUCGAGCACGACGCGCGCGUCCCACGAGAAGCUCGGCAACGACAUUGCGAAGCUGAGCUCCCGGCUGCGCGACGAGAUCGGCAGGACGCAGGCCAGUGUCCGCCUGGACCUCAACCUGGAGAAGGGUCGCAUCCGCGAGGAGGCUGUCGGCCAGGAGCUCAAGAUCAAGGAGACGGAAACAAAGAUUGAGCAGGAGGUGGCGGCGCUGCGCGAGAAGCUUGAGCAGGUCAAGUUCCAGACGCUGCAGUGGCUGAUGGGAGUGUGUACCGGUUUCGCCGCUCUGCUUCUUGGUGCCUGGAGGUUGCUCAUGUAA